AUGUUUUCAAGAAUCUCUAUUGUCUAUUGUCUAAAAAUUUUGAAAGAUUCGUACUUAGUAAAAUACUUGGUUUAAUAAAAAUAAUAAUCAAUUGCUAUGAACAACACAUUGGGUAUAAUGAAUAACAGGUUUCAUAAGAAGGCAAUAUAAAGUCGAAAGAGAAAUACAUCAGUAGAUACAAAUACAAUCAUUCAAAUAUAAAAAGGAAACAAAAAAAAUGAGUACUAUGAAAGGUGGCUAACUAAUUAAAAGAAACCCCAAUCAAGGUUGGAUUCUGAAUCAAAUCUAGAUAAUCAAACACCCCAAACACCUAAGGCAUAGAUUCCAAUACAAUUUGAACCUAAAUUAAUUAGGGACGUAGUCUAGAAAUUCUAUCCUGAUAAAUAUUAAAUUUGA